AACAGUAUCGUAGAUGACUUUCAUUCAUUCGGUAACGUUUAACGGAACUCAAAACUCAAGUCUCAAUUAUUAAAUGGUUUUCUCGUAGCAUGGACGUGAGCUACAGUACAUUCUCGCCAUCAACAACAAAUAAUAUUUGUAUUAAUAUUGAAAAAUCAAAUAAAACAAUCAAAACAUUUCUUAUACGGAAAUGUCGUAUAAGUUUAAUUGGUCGUACAUUUUAUAUACUUUAUCCGACAUAAAUUAAAGUUUGUUUUUUAAUAAAAAUAAAAUAAUAUAAUAAUAAUAAAUAUUGUAGAGUAUUCGUUUCGGCAAAAAAUACUUAGAGGAACUUCGUGUAUCUGUUGCAAUUCUUUUUGUGGUACAAAUUUUUAUUUAUAAUCUAAAGAAAAGAAAUUUUAUAUUAUACAAAUUCAAAAAAUAUAUAAAUACCAAAAAUAAACAAGUGAUUAAAAAUUUUACAGCGAUAAAAUUAAAAAAUAAUUAAUAGGUAUUUAUAAAACCGCUAGUUUAAAAAAAUAUAAAAAGUGAUACCUUUGAGUAAAGAAAGAAAAAAUAAGUUGAAGAAAAAUAACCAAAAAUUAAAAAAUUCUAUAUUUAGUAGUGCGCCAGUAUUUAAAGAAAUUUUCGAAAACAAAGAAAUCAAAAUUUUUAAAAAUUUAUACUUUGUUCUUAAGUGAAUUUUGAAAUACAACAAAAAAAAAGAUACAAAAUCAAAAUGUGGUGCAUAGUAAAUUUACCCAAUGGAACCCAACAGGCUGUUAAAUGGGAUCCAAAGGCUAUUGGCCAGGAAUGCUUAGAGAAGGUUUGCAAAGCCCUCGGCAUAAUAUGUGAAAUGGAAUAUUUUGGACUCGAACACUGGUUGCCCAAUCAAAAGGAAACCCGACCCCGCCAAUGGAUAAAUCUCCGCAAUCGCCUCACUCAAGAUGGCAGCUGCAGUAGUGGCAUUCAGCUGAUGCUAGCAUUGCGAGUCAAAUUCUGGGUACCAGUGCAUUUUAUCCUACAAGAAAGCGUCCGUAAUCUCUUUUACAUGCAAGCCAAGGUAGAUCUGCUCGAAGGCCGACUUAAUGCCAAAGAUUGGAAUAACGCUGCAAAAUUGAGUGCACUUUUGUGUCAAGCCGAUAGUAUUCGAUUUAAUGAUAUGUCAUUGAAAUCCAAAUGCCCCCUACGCAUGAAACGGGAACAACAAGAACAACUUCUCAAACUUAUCCAACAACAACAUAAGGAAAAGAAGGAGAAGGAUUAUGUAUUUACAUUGAAAAAACGUCGCCUUUCUAAACAAAAAUCCUGUGAAAAUAUUGACAAUCCACAUCAUUCGGUCAAUCACCAUAGUCAUCCGCAUAUAGCCGUAGCCGUAGGUGUUCAUUCGAUAGCUUCAACAUCAUCAUCGUCAAGUCCCGCCAUUAGUACACAACCGCCUUCUACAGCUGCUGCAGCUAUAGCCGCAUCAGCAUCAGCUUCAGUUUCAGCAUCUGCAUCAGCAACAACAUCCGCAUCGUCAUCAUCAACAUUAGCUUCAUCAUCGUCAACAUCAUCUGCAGCAUCAACGACGGCAUCAUCAGCAGCAGUAUCAAACAAUUCAACGGAUGUUUUAAGCGUGGAAAAUUUAAUGGUAACAUCACCACUAAAAAUUUACGAGGACUACAUCAUAAGGCCAGCAAAUGAUACCAAUGGAGAGCUGCCUGAUGAGUUUCUUCGUCAAAUUGCUGUCGAACAUGAGAAACUAGCCAGGUUGAAUAUGCCACCAAAAUCGGCAAAGUACUGGCUACUGCAGGAGAUUCAAGAGUUGCCUGGCUAUGGGGAGGAGAUCUUUAGUGGUGUUACCACAAAUGAAAAUCCAGUGCGUUGUGAUAUUGCGGUAGGUGCUCAUGGCAUCACGGUUUGCACUGGAGAUGAGAAAAACAACAUCCCAUUCAGUGCGAUUGCAGCAGCUAAAUCCUUCCGGCGUACCUUUAAAUUAGAAUACGUUGACGAUCACAACGAUCGCAAGGAACUCGAGAUCAAACUGCAAAAACAUGCAAUCGCUGCUGGUCUCUAUCGUUCGAUAACCGAACGCCAUGCAUUCUAUGUCUGUGAUAAAGUACGUGGUGUGGUAACAAAUCAAUUUACACGUGAUCUCAAAGGCACUAUUGCUUCGAUGUUUAAAGAAGACACCGAACUAGGAAAACGCUACGUUUUCGAUAUACAACGCACUUGCCGGGAAGUUCACGAUCAGGCACGACGAAUUUUACACGAACGAGGUAUUGAAAUAACAGCAUCAGCAUCAACAAGUACGGCAGAUGACAUAAGUAGAUUACUGCCAAGUACGGUUAAGGAUGGUGCCAUUGUUGGGGGUAAAGUAGAUUUUGCCAUAAAGGAGAAAGAAGAAAGAGAAGCAGCAAUUGAACGAUGUGUCGAUACAAGGAUCUCAGAAGCGAUGACAUGCAAAAUUUGUAUGGAUCGUUCAAUCAAUAGUAUGUUUAAUCCGUGUCGUCAUGUUAUGGCGUGCAGUCAGUGCGCAGCAAGAUUGACCAACUGCCCUAAUUGCCGAGUUAAAAUCACAAACGUUGUCAAAAUAUUCCUACCCCCAGAGUUACGUGCCAAUAUGCUGGCCAAUAACACCACAACCGGUCCCGAUGGAACAAUCAUAAAUGCCAUCAAUGAUGACACAAAUAACGACGACAGCGCUGCCCCAUCCGCCAGCAAUUCACCCACCAAUAGUUCAGGCACAGCACCAAUUUCGACACCGAAAAUUACAGCGGCUGCCUAGAAUUGGCUUUGGUCUUGGCUAUUUCGAAUCUUAGAAUGGGUUUGUGUACCAGUUGUGUAAAAAACAAUAACAACAAAAAGUAUUUCUUUGAUUUCUUCGAAUUCGAACUUAGGCCAUGAGUACAUUCGUGUUUUGGUUAAUAAAUUUUCUAAAUUCACCACACUCCAAACCGUGUGUGUGGUAAGUUUCAGUUUCAAUCUGAAUUUAAACAAAAAAAUUAUAUAUUUUCAAAUUAUUAUUGUAAAAUGAAAUGAAAAACAGAUGAAGAAAUCGUAAGAAAACGAGAUAAAUAUAGAAAGAAAAACAAGAAGAAAAAAGAAAAUCGAAGUAGAAUCGAAUGCGAUUUAUCGUUUAAUUUUUGCGCUUGAAGAUAACCGUGAUAACAGAUGUGAUUUAUUAAUCUUAUUAUUAUAUUUUUAGUUUUAAAAAACUCUUGUUUAUGUUUUUUUUAAUUGUAUAGUUUUUUUUGUUAAUUUAUAUUAUUCUAAUUUUAUUAAUCUUUAUUUCUUCUAAAUAAGUAAAUUGAAG